CAGUGAGGGUGGGCGGGGUGGCUGCUGCUGCUGGCAGCAGGGAGGGCAGAGGAGGCAGCAGCGCCUUGCCCUGGGAGGAGCGGGAGGAGCAGUGGAGGAGCUUCGCCUCCGUCAACCUUCCACUCCCCCUCCCGCCCUCCUCCUCCUCUCUCCACUCAUUCCUCCUCCUCCGGCUGUCAGUGGUCUAACUUUGGGACCCUCCCCAGGUGACAGCUGGUAACUGCCAACGGGUAAGCAGGUGAGAGGGUAACGGCUGGUGUGGUAUGUCCCGGGUGACGACCCUGCAGCUGCCACCACACUCCCCCUCGCAGCAGCCCACCCACCCACCCACCCGCCCAGCAGCAGCAGCCCAGCAGCACACCGACUCGCCCAACCUCUGCGGCAACGCUUCAAGGCUCCGACACUUCACUCACCAGUGUUUGUUGCUUUUUCAAUUCAUGCAUUCAAUUUCCGUGUCACUUCUCUCGAUUGUCUCUCGAUUUCCGCUAUUCAAAUUCCAUUGUCACUCGCUUACUCUGCCCUGCCUCUCCUCCCUCUGCCCUGCCUCUCCUCCCUCUUCCCUCCCUCUCCUCCCUCUGCCCUGCCUUUCCUCCCGCUUCCCCUCCCAUUCCUGCAGGAUGCCUGCAGCAGCUGUGGGGUGAGGCGUGUGCUGUGCGUCGUGUGACGCCCCUCUGCCUCCCACCCGCCCUCACCACCCUCCACCUGCACUCUGUUGGACUCAUGUUCGCCUACAUCAUGUCUCCUUAAGGUGGCACGAGGGCGGUGGGAUGACGCACGGCCUGGGGAGUGCCCUGCUGACCACUGCCCCCGCUGCCCUCGCGGCCCCCCCUCUCCCCACACCCGCAGCAGCAGGAGUGGGGUUUGAGAGUGCCCGCAGCACCCCCCCUCACCACUGCUGCUGCUGCCUCGUCCGUCAGCAGAGUGCCCUCGCUGCCCUUGCUGCAUCCGCAGCAGCAACAGGGGGGAGCCUGCCUUUGUCCCGGCCCUCCCUCUCCCCGCACCCGCAGCAGCAGCAGAGGGAGAAUCCUGCUCCCCUAACCAACUCAGCGGCAGCAGCAGAGGGAGCAUCCUGCUCCCCUCCCCCACUCAGCGGCAGCAGCAGAGGGAGCAAGGGCUCACGGUUGAGGGCGGUGAGCUCGGAGUUGUGGAGGUGGGGAGCAGCUGCAAGCGUGGGAUGUGGUGGGCGGUGCCUGACCACUGCUGCUGCCCGCGGUGACCUCUGUUCAUCAUGCAGAAGAAGCGUCCCUUACCCCAUCAGCAUGCUUUGGGAGCAGCUGCAAGCGUGGGAGUGCCAUGGGUGCCGGCGUUGGUGGUGGGAGAGCGCCUUGGGCAUGAGAGGAGGGCGGUGGGAUGACACACGGCCUGGGGAGUGCCCUGCUGACCACCAGCUGCACCACCAGCUGCACCACCAGCUGCACCACCAGCUGCACCUCGCUGCAUCUCCCACCAGAAGCAGGGGGGUCGUGCCCUCCCUGCACCCGCACCCGCACCGAGUUGCUGCUGCAGUGGUAGCAGGCAAGCAGCAGGCUGCAGCAGUUGGCGCAUGAAGCUGGGGAACAUCCCCAGCAGCAGCAGCAGCAGCAGCAGCCGCCGCAGCAGCCGCAGCAGUGAGAAGUUGGGGAACAUCCCCAUGUCCAGCAGCAGCAGCCGCAGCAGCUGAGGGAUUGUCCCCUAUUCCCACCUACGGCAGCAGCAGAGGGAGCAUCCCACGUCCACCACCCACCAUCCUCCUCUCCACUCCACCACACUCCACCAUCCUCCUCUCCUCUCCACCACACUCCACCACCCUCCACCACCCUCCACCACCCUCCACCACCCACCAUCCUCCUCUUCACUCCACCACACUCCACCACCUUCCACCGCCCAUCAGCCACCUCACCACUUCCGCCCGCCAACCCACCGUCCUCCACCCCACUCCACCACUCUCCACUUCACUUCACUUACAGACAGACAGACUGACUGACAGACAGACAGACUGACCAACUGAGAGACCGACUGACUGACAGACUGUGGGCAGUGGCCCGAGUGUGAGGGGCGAGUGGCCCGAGGGGAGGGCCGAGUGGCCCGAGGGGAGGGGCGUGUGGCCCGAGUGUGAGGAGAGAGUGAGAGUGAGGCACCCCUGGCAACAUGGCGGGCGGAUGCGGGUGAGUCCAUGUUCCUCCAGGUGUGUGCACCUGCAUGGGUAAGUGAAGGUGCGUUGCUUGCUCUCUGCCUUCACUGCUGCGCCUUCACGAGGAGUCAACAGGAGCACCGUGCGCCCUCCAACCAUGGUACGCACCUCCUGCUUGUAUUCCUCUUGGAUUAUUUGCUAACCGGGUGAGAUCGUAAGGGUGGCAGGGGCAAGGAGCACCACGAGAAGACGCGCCGGCCCUCCAUCCAAGCAUGGUACGCAUUUCCUGUAUUUUUGUUUUUGUUUUUUUUUGCUAACCGGUUGAGAUUGUUAAGCGUGGCAGAAGCAAGGAGAGGCGACGGGCGGCUGCUGCAGAGGAGAGAAGCAGAGGAGAGGAUCAGAGGAGAGGAGCAGAAGGGAGCAGCAGA